AUGGAAGACCCUUUAUCGAUAAGAAGACACACAUUACCAUCUACUAUGUUUGUUGAUCCAGCCAUCGUUCGGUUCAUUGAAAAGCCAUCCUCUUCUUCCUCUCCAUCCGCCUUUUUGAAUCAUUUACCUCAACAACAGCAACAGCAACAACAAGCACAGCAAGAAAAGGUAGAGGAGGAGGAGGAUGACGAUAGCAUCAUAUCAUCAUCAAUAGCUUCAUCGCCUUUUAUGCAGCACCAAAAGCCUUCUCCCCCUCAGCCAACUGCCUCUACAUCACUCGAUCAUCUUUGGUCCAAACAGGAGAAAUACGACAGCUUGGAGUUGAGGCUAUUUGCGUUGGAAGAGUCUGAAAGACGGUUUGAACAUCGGCUACAGGUAUUGGAGAAGAAUAAAAACAACAUGUUGCAGCCAAUGAAACCAGAUCAACACGGGCAGGAAAUCAUGCAGCAACAGCAGCAUCAACAAAAGCAACAGCAUGAUCCAGCAAAUCACCCACAUGAUGGCGUCGUUAUCGAUGAUAGUAACUAUAUGGACCUUUACCACUCCUUACUGGAAAAGUACAAUCAGCUUCAAAUCGAGACAAAGGAAAAGGAAGCUUACUAUCAACAAAGAAUCAAACUACUCACAGAGAAACAGCAGCAGCCAUGCCAAAGACAAGCAACAAGACAUGCAUCCACACCCACAGCAGCAUCAGAGAAGAAGAAGGAGCAAGUAACGGAAAAAGAGGCUUAUAGAGAGGAAGAUGGCUACCUUAUCUUUGAUACAACCAGCAUGAAUGGCGAAAUCACACAUUGUAGAGUCAAGAUACCUUCAAGCCAAACAUGCCAUAACAGCCACUACAAACAAGAUCCGUCUUCUGUUUUUGCGUCUCCCCCUGCUACCAGAGUAGGUUCUCCUCAAUACCAUAGUCCCCUUCCUUCAUCUCAACACUAUUAUCAUCAUCAUAUUACAUCCCCAAAAAAGGGUUUAAAUCCGAAUGCUCCAGAAUGGAGAAAGACUAGUUAUCGCCAUUAA